AUGGGUCCUCUACACUUAGACACGCCAACCCUGCUUCGUCUAUUCUCUCGAUAUUUGACCGGGAAGGCAUUGAGGUGGUACUUGCGGAACCGAAUCUCACGUUGCACGACUAUCAAAGAGUUGGGGGACGCCUUUGCAGAAAGGUAUAAGAUGUUUAUUUCUCAAGAGAUCACAGAAAGGGAUCUAAAGUACAUCAAGCAAGGCGAGAAGGAGACGUUAGAAUCAUUCCUCAAUAGGUGGAGGGCAGUAGUGUCCGACAUUGACACCCCGCCUUCAGAACAGGCCCAGAUCGACCUCAUGCUUGAAAACCUAAAUGACGUGUACAACAACGAGCUAGCCUCGCACAUCUUCACUAGCAUGGUCACUCUUAUAAAAACGGGCAAGAACGUGGACCGAUCGAAGGCUCGCUUGAAGAACAAAGCCGUCUCUUCCUACCCCCCUUCUCGAUCAUAUCCUGUGCCUAAACCGAGGGCCCCUGCUACCCAUUAUGUGGCUGGCACCUGGGCUAGUUCAGAAGUGAAGAUGGAAGGUCCUAAAGAGCAUGUGCCUCUUGCCCCGCCUCGCUAUCCCGCGAACACUUCCCGCAACGCGCCUAAUCAUACCAUUACAUUUCCUUCUCGCCAAUAUGAUGAUCUAGGCAUGCCUCUUAGUAAAGCUCUAGAAGUGGUGAUGUCCCAAAAACUCGUCACCCCGUUGACUCCUCGGCUAGGAAGAGAAAUAGCGGGAAAACACCCGAAAGACUUUUGUGAAUACCAUCAGGCCCACGAUCACGAAACAAACCAUUGUUAUGCCCUGAGAGCUAAAUUGCAAGACUUAAUCGAUGCAGGAAUCAUGGCUAAGCCUAACGUUGUCAAGAACCCCCUUCCUAAUCACAGGGUCAAUGUCAUCGAAACUUUUGAAGACUCAUUCUCUGCUGAUUUCCUUCUUUCCCUCAUUCAUGCUGACCCUAUGGAAAUCGCGAUGGUGUCAUCUAAUGCUAAGCAAAAGAAUAAGAAGGUUAGCGCCGCAAGUGUUGUGCCAUGGGAUUACGCCGCUGAGAAAGCUACCCCGGUCAUCUCUGCAAUGGUAGGGCCCCGUGCAUGGGAAGUGGUGCCAAAAUUGUCUAAUGCCCCUGAUGCUAUUGCUUCACCCUUGUUUCCUCUAUCUAAAAAACAACACAUCCGAUCUGAUAAAGUCGCCCGUCCUUGGGUGAUUCUAUCAACGAAUAACAACUUGUUGAGAGAGGAUGCAAGUGUCAACCUCACCAGGUCUGGCGUUGAUUACAGGGCUCCUUUCAUAAAAGCCAUGGAUGCUAACAAACAGAAAGAAGCAGAAAAGGAAAAAGACGUCCGAAGGCCAACAAAUGCGACUGCACAAGUCCCUCCUCCCAACAGCAUCUUAGCUCAGCUAAAGAAAACCAAUGCUAACAUCUCUCUUUGGGAGUUGUUGAUGUAUUCUAUAGAUCAUCGCCAGGCGUUAUUAUCCGAAUUAAGCAAGAAAUCUGUAUCCUUCGAUACCACCCCUACGGAAGUUGUUGCUAUGAUGUCUACGCAUGCGUCAUGCUGCACUAUCACUUUUGAUGACUCCGAUCUCCCAUCUUGGGGCCCUAGUCAUGCUAAAGCCUUAUACAUUUCCAUCUAUCUUGAAGAGAAUGUUGUACCUCUGUCUCUGAUUGAUAAUGAGUCGGCCCUGAAUAUUUGCCCAUGGCGUACCCUGGCAAGGAUUGGAGUCACAAAGGAUCGUCUUCUUCCCUCUGACUUGUGCGUGCGAGGCUUUGAUAGCUCUGAGCGUGAAGUCAUGGGAAACCUCAAAACUAUCAUCAAAGUAGCUAAUAUCCCGUUCGAGAUAGAGUUUGUGGUGCUUAAUAUACAACCCUCUUACAAUCUGAUCCUCAGAAGGCCUUGGCUGCACCAGGCCAAGGCUGUCGCUUCGACGUUGUAUCAAAAGCUGAAAUUCAUGCAUCAGGGGCAAACCAUUGUGGUGAAUGGGGAGAAUUGCACAACCGUCGGAAUGACUUCGUCGUAUAUCACUCAAGAAGUGGAACUCAAUGGGUUUUAG